CGCAUCACAACUUUCCAUUUUUUGACCCCACUAAAGAUUCAGAAUACCUGUGGAAGAGGUUGUUGGCUUGACCUUCCUCCCGCCCCCUUGCGCACCACACCCUCGACUUGUUGUCCCUGAUCGAGAUAUCCAACAGGGCUGUUCCAGAGUUGGUAUUUCACGAAAAUCCUUUGUGAUUCUUAGGCCACGAUUGCGCAUAGCCCCAAGUCGAGGGAUCCAUCAUGGCUUCCGAACCGACCACAGACGGCGUCGCGUCGUUGCCAGCCGACUACGACCUGCUUCACAAGCUUAUCCCGCGCCUCGACCGCCACUUAAUUUUUCCUUUGCUCGAAUUCAGCGCCGAUCGGCUGGUCGGGGAAUCUGGCGAGGUGAAAGACAAGGAGAAGGCGCGCGAGAUCACACAGGCCAAAUAUGCACUCCUGAACAAGACCAACAUGAUCGACUAUGUCGCCAACCUAUACUGCGAGCUGGAAGGAUUGGACCAACCGCCGGCAGAAUUCGCCGAGAAGCGGCAGAAGGUGCUUAGCCAGCUGGACAAGUUCGAGCAGGAGUCGAGCAAGAUCAUGGAGUUGCUGGACCGCGAGGAUGUGGUCAAUAACCUUCGGAGUGACAAGAUCGCUAACUUGGAAUUCCUCAAACGAGAGCACGACGUUACGAUUGAGAUGGUCAACGCACUUUACGAUUUUGCCCUCCUACAAUACAGCUGCGGCAAUUACAACGACGCAUCCGAUCUCCUCUACAGAUUCCGUGUGCUCUCAACCGACAAUGACAAGGUGUCAUCCGCGACAUGGGGCAGACUGGCUUGCGAAAUCCUCACGGCCAAUUGGGAGUCGGCCAUGGAGGAGUUGCAAAAAGUGCGGGAGGGCAUCGAUUCGAAGUUGUCACAGAACCCGCUAGCGCAGCUGCACCACCGGAAUCGCCUCAUGCACUGGGCCCUCUUCCCCCUCUUCAACUUCGACCAGGCGCGCGAACCGCUUCUCAACCUUUUCUUCAACGCCGACUACACCAACUCAUUCCAAGCCGACUCCGCGUGGCUUCUGCGAUACCUUUGCGUUGCCGUCAUCACCAACCGUCGCCGGGCCAAGAAUCCUGGUGUGCAUCAAAAGCAAAUGAAGGAUAUUGCGCGCAUCGUAAGGCAAGAGGCAUAUGAGUACCAGGAUCCCAUCACGCGCUUCGUCCACGCCCUGUACAUCGACGUCAGGUUCCAAGAGGCGGCGGACCAGCUCGUGCUCGCCCAGGAGGUCAUGCGCAACGACUUCUUCCUGCUCGCACAUGUUGACGAAUUUGUCGAUUCUGCAAGGCAUCUUCUCUUUGAGAGCUAUUGCAAGGUCUGCAUCCGCUUCACACUGGAGGAUAUUGGCAACAAGCUUGGGUUGAAGGGUAACGAGGCCGUCAAGUGGAUUGUCAACGCCAUCCGCGACACACGGGUCGACGCCAAGAUUAACUACAAGGAGGGCACUGUCUAUAUCAACCAUCAGUCUACUUCGGCGUACCAGCAAGUGAUCGAGAGGACAAAGGGGAGCUUCUUCCGUUCCGCCGUUCUCGGCGCGGCAAUCGCCAGGAAUUAGUAGCUGGGCAUCAGGCAGGAAGCAGUUGCAUAGGAACAGGCCUUGGCGGACACUCGCCAGGUUUUUCCAGCGUUUGCCCAUUGUGAUCGCCGUAGACUUAGGCGUUUGGGGUUUGAGCACGCGGCAAGUAGACAUGGCGAAUCGGCUGGCAUCGUAUUGCUAGGGAGCAAGACGGAUGGGUAUAUCAGCAUACGUCACAGCAUAUGGGAAUGGUUGAGAGCGCGUUCUCACAGUCUCACAUAUAUGGGGGACGAAUGAUAUGCGUGCCGCUGGUCGAUGGGUGGCAUAUGUGUGCCUCCCUAGGGCGGCACAUCAAUCCAUGUCGAAAUAUACAAUGGUCUAAUCCCAAUAGUGGUGUUACCCGGUGAUUUAAGGAGCUGGGGCAGUGUCACAGUGGUUGCUAGACACAAACCCUAAUUACUAGCUAGAUAGGGAGAAUACAAUUCACGAUUGCUUGAC